CCGUUGGUUUCUUCUCGCGUCUCGUUUUGCUCGUGCCCGUGGGACGCUGGCCUAGCUUGUUGCCUUGCGCCCGGCCUCGUCGUAGACAAGCCUUGUUCAUCACAUGCCACAGCCCACAGGCGAGGCGAGCGAGAACACGCGUGCGUUCCCUUCUCCUACCCACCUUCCCCGCCGCACGCCGCUGCGCUUCUCUUCUUCGCUCCUUCUCUGCUUCCUGUUUUUUCACUGUUCGUUCGUUGGGGCUGCGGGUGGGUGGGUGGCAUUGCUUGCCUGAAAAGCUCGUCCGGGGGAAAAGGUUUCCUCUUCCGGGCUUCACGUAGGUGGCCACAGGCGACGCUGCCCCUCGCUUCCUUUCACUGAUCCGACUGCCAUCUCCCACCCACCCACAAACUCCGCCGCUGCCGCUGCCUUGGCGCUACGCCGCUGGCUCUUUUCUGUUCGGCCUCCUCUUCCUCGCCGCGCGCCUCUCUAAAAGGUAGUAAUAGGAUCGGUCGUCGCGCCAUGGGGCGGGCCAUGCGGUGGCUCAAGAAGGUGCUCACCGGCGGCGGCGGCAAGAAGGAAGGGGCCAAGGAGCCGAGCGCCGCCGUGCCGCCGAUCGAGAGGAGGAGGUGGAGCUUCGCCAAGGCCAGGAGCAGCGUCGCCGACGCCAGCCGCAGGCCUUCCGUCACCGCCGUCGUCGCCGGCGAGCUCUCCCAGGCCAGGCCGUGCGGCUGCGGCCAGGCGCGCGAGACGGAGACGGAAGCCGCCGUCUUGAUCCAGAAGGCCUUCAGGGGCUACCUGGCCAGGAAGGCUCUCCGCGCCCUCAAGUCGCUGGUGAAGCUGCAAGCGCUGGUGCGCGGCUACCUGGUGCGGAAGCAGGCGGCCACGACGCUGCACCGGCUGCAGGCGCUCAUGAGGCUGCAGGCCUCCUCGCAGGCCCUCAAGAACCUCUCCUCCUCCCGGAGGUCCAUCGAGCAGGAGCGGAAAACGUCGGUGCCUGUGGUGCACCGCCGGAGGCUGUCGGAGGGCGGCGCCGGGGACGACCGCAGCCCCCGGAUCGUGGAGAUGGACACGUGCCAGCUGCGGUGCCGGUCGUCCCGGAUCGCGGGCCGGUACGCGGCCGCCGACCCGCAGGCGCCGCCGCCGUCCUCGCCGCUCGCCUACUUCUGCAAGCCGCCGUCGCGGCUGCAGCUGCGGGAGCUGGAGCCGCAGCAGCCCAAGACGACGCAGAACACGCCCCGCCUCCCGGCCAUCGUGCCCGGCGGCUCGCCGGCGAAAGGCCGGCCCUCGUGCGGGGGCGGGCGGGAGUCGAGCAGCCCGCGGUACAUGGCGGAGACGGCGUCGUCCGUGGCGAGGGGCCGGUGCCAGAGCGCGCCGAGGCAGCGGCACGGCAACAACAACCCCGCCGCCGGCUUGGCCCCGGGCCUGGCGCGCGGCGGGUCGAGGAAGGCGGCGCCGCAGUCGCAGGACAGCUUCAGCUUCAAGAGCUCGGAGGCGUGCAGCCGCGUGGAGGACUACUCCGAGAUGAGCGACGAGGUGACCAGGGACUACUACCUCGACCAGCUCUGGUGAUGAUCGCCCGGCGCGCUACUAAUCAGGGCGUGAAAGCCAUUAACAUCGUCGUCUCGGUAUAUAGUUAGUAGGAGUAUCAUUCAGGAUUAACAAAAUGCUUAGCAGUAGUUGUAGUUGAUGGCACGGCACAUCAUCAUCGUCAUGGUCAUCCGAUGUUAACCGCCAUUGUAGCAGCUCGGUGGAGCGAGCAUGGCAUGCCAGAGAGAAUGGGAAUAAAAUCCGUUCUGCUUCCGCGAGACCAUCUGGGGGAAAACGAGGCCGCGCCAAAGCUCAUGAACCCCACCACCCUCGUGCUCUGCUCUGCUCUGUCCCGCCGCUGCCAGCCUCGAUGUAUCAAUGGUGACACCGACGUCCCCCCCUCUAGAAAACAGAGGGGGUAGUGCAGAAGACAUGGAAGCUGGGACGAAGGGAGUUAAUGGAUACUGGCAGUGAAGCCAGAGGUUUCUUGUGGUUGUUUGGAGUACGCACUGCACUGCACUAGAGAACUGAAGCGCACCGCUUUGGCUUAAAUGUUGCCGUGCCGUGCCUCUGCUGGAAAUGGCAGUAGUACCAGAUGGCCUGGCUGUGUCCCUUGAUGUUGAGGUGGUGGGGUGGUAGAGAAGAGGAAGCUUGGCGAGGUGCAUCAAUGCCGGCGCAAUUCCGGACGAUCCAG